GUGGCCCGCGGCCUCCGUGGACCUCGGGCGGCGGCCGGGCCUGGCUUUGUUCGCCGCCCUGAGCGCGGCCGAAGCCGCCGAGACCCUCCCAGGUGCCCAGGGCGCUUCCGUGGCGGCGCGGGACGGAGGGAACACCGCGGUUACCGCACGCCGCCGCCGCCACGGCCCGGAGGCGGGACUUCCUGUGUUGGCGCCGAGAAUUUCCGGGGGAACCGGAAGUUCCCGGGGAGCAGGCCCGGGAGGCCGCGCGUACCCAGUGCGCACCAUGGGCAAGCGGGACCGGGCGGAGCGCGACAGGAAGAAGGCCAAAAGGAAGCACUACGAGGACGAGGAGGAAGAUGAAGACGACGCCCCUGGAAACGACCCUCAGGAGGCGGUGCCCUCUGCCGCGGGGAAGCAGGUGGAGGAGUCCAGCACGAAGGUGGACGAGUAUGGAGCCAAGGACUACCGGCCGCAGAUGCCGCUGAAGGACGACCACCCCUCCCGGCCCCUCUGGGUGGCUCCUGAUGGCCACAUUUUCUUAGAAGCCUUCUCUCCAGUUUACAAAUAUGCCCAAGACUUCCUGGUGGCUAUUGCAGAGCCAGUGUGCCGGCCAGCCCACGUGCAUGAGUACAAACUGACCGCCUACUCCUUGUAUGCAGCCGUCAGCGUGGGGCUGCAGACCAGUGACAUCACUGAGUACCUCAGGAAGCUCAGCAAGACGGGAGUCCCUGAUGGAAUUGUUCAGUUUAUUAAGUUGUGUACUGUCAGUUAUGGAAAAGUCAAGUUGGUCCUGAAGCACAACAGGUACUUUGUGGAAAGCUCCCACCCCGAUGUCAUCCAGCAUCUUCUUCAGGACCCAGUGAUCCGGGAGUGCCGCCUGCGGAGCUCCGAGGGGGAGGCCACCGAGCUCAUCACAGAAACGUUCACCAGCAGAUCUGCUAUUGCAAAGACUGCUGAAGGCAGUGGUGGGCCCUCCACUUCCCGGGAGACAGAUCCACAGGGUAAAUCUGACAUCCCUACGGACCUGUUUGACUUUUAUGAGCAAAUGGACAAGGAUGAGGAAGAAGAAGAAGAGACACAGACAGUAUCUUUUGAAGUCAAGCAGGAGAUGAUUGAGGAACUUCAGAAACGCUGCAUCCACCUCGAGUACCCUCUGUUGGCAGAAUAUGACUUUCGGAACGAUUCUGUUAACCCUGAUAUCAACAUUGACCUGAAACCCACCGCUGUCCUCAGGCCUUACCAGGAGAAGAGCUUGCGGAAGAUGUUUGGGAAUGGGCGUGCGCGGUCAGGGGUCAUUGUGCUUCCUUGUGGUGCUGGGAAGUCCCUGGUUGGCGUGACAGCUGCCUGCACUGUCAGAAAACGCUGUCUGGUGCUGGGCAACUCCGCUGUGUCUGUGGAGCAGUGGAAAGCCCAGUUCAAGAUGUGGUCCACCAUCGACGACAGCCAGAUCUGCCGCUUCACCUCCGAUGCCAAGGACAAGCCCAUCGGCUGCUCCGUUGCCAUCAGCACCUACUCCAUGCUGGGCCAUACCACCAAGAGGUCCUGGGAGGCUGAGCGCGUCAUGGAGUGGCUCAGAACUCAGGAGUGGGGCCUCAUGAUCCUGGACGAGGUCCACACCAUACCCGCCAAGAUGUUCCGACGGGUGCUCACCAUUGUGCAGGCCCACUGCAAGCUGGGUUUGACCGCAACCCUGGUCCGGGAAGAUGACAAAAUUGUUGACUUAAAUUUUCUGAUCGGACCCAAGCUCUAUGAAGCCAACUGGAUGGAGCUGCAGAACAACGGCUACAUCGCCAAAGUCCAGUGUGCUGAGGUUUGGUGCCCGAUGUCUCCUGAGUUUUACAGGGAGUAUGUUGCAAUCAAAACCAAGAAACGAAUCUUGCUGUACACCAUGAACCCCAACAAAUUCAGAGCUUGCCAGUUUUUGAUUAAGUUUCAUGAAAGGAGGAAUGACAAAAUUAUUGUCUUUGCUGACAAUGUGUUUGCCCUGAAGGAAUAUGCCGUUCGACUGAACAAUGCUCCAUCUAGAUUCUUCCUGGAGCCUCCUUCUUCAAGGGCCCUGCCCUACACCUGCAUUCAAACACACCUGAGGCUUGUCCUUUGGUUGUCGUCUCCUGAGAGCUGCCCGGUCAGGCACACGCAUUUGCCCGGCACUGUCGAAUCUGUGCCUGUCUGGCACCAUGGCGGGCAGCAGGUCAUGGCUCUCUGAUGGAUACUGGAAAGAUAAUUACAACUUUUACUUCUCUUUCUUGUGUACCUCCUGCCUUUAAGUAUAUGAAGUGCUUUUGCUUGUCUUGUUUUCUUUAAAAUGAUCCUGUGGGUCCUGGGCAUGUGCUUGAUCUGAGGUGGGGUGGGGGUCUCCGAGCUUCUGGCUCAUCCAGCCUUAAUAAGAAAGGCAUAGGCGUCACUCAGGACUUUGCAGGAGAGACUGUGGGUUGUUGGGGAUAUGAGGUGGGAAGGACACCACUUUGGAUUCUGACGGCUGUACCUGACUCCCAGCAGCUCCUCUUAUUAGCUGUGCACCUCGGGGGUGCUGUGUGCCUCUCGGCCUCCUCGCUCUGUCACGUGGGCUUCCUAACCAGCACCGCCUCAGGAUUCUUGUGCCCAGCAUCUACUCGGUGCUCGGCUUAUGUGAGGGGCCCUUCUGCAGGUCGGUUGCCCUUCUGUUUCAUUUCCUGUGUGGGGAGUCUUUAGAAACAGGGCUCACGGUCAUGUGAGUCGUUUCUUAUGAUGGGGGAGGAGAAAAAGAGCCACAUAAAACUUGGGUGUUGAGAAACAGGUGGCUCUGAAGAGGGGGUUUCCUAGCAUGACACGCAGAGGAAAGAACAAGAUUUGUGUGGUGCCCGAACACUAUAUGACAGGCUUGCCGUGUUUGGGGUGACCUGAGGCCAUCAGCCUGGGUGUCCAUCUGUCCCAGGCCCCACCCUGCUUCCCCACGGCAAGGGUUUUGCUCUCUCAGGUACACCCAUUCCUAGUUAGUAGCACAGGGUUGGGAAGCGUGUGGAGGGUCAGAAAUGCUGCCUUCUGAGCCUUCCAUGUAAUGGCCUGAGAGGUGGAGUGUUUACACUUGGGUUCAGCCUCGCCAGUCUCCUGCCCCUUCGUUCCUCGUGUGUAAAUUGGGAACAUGAAACUACCUUUCACAGUCUGAGCACUGUCGGCAGGGAGGGAUGGAUUUUUUUCAGCGUAGCAUCUUGCUUGGUGUUUGGUGUGUGUGGGGCCUGUGUGGCGGUAGUUGUCCUUGGUAUCAUCACCAUCACUGUUGUUACCCCGGGAAAGAAAACCACAGAAACUAGGUCAUUCCGUGAAUGGCAUUGCCAGGUGCCGAGAGGUGACGGAUGACCAGCGAGGCCGCCAGAUAUGGUGGUGCUCUUUGGCCGAGAACUGGGUUUUGAACUUGGUGUUAAAGAAGGUCAGUAGAGAAAAGUCUGGAAGGGGCCUCCUUUCUACUCCUUUCUUGGAGGAGAAUGCCUGUGUCAUUAGGAAAAGAGUUGCUCCAAGCUUUGGUUUACAAAUAGCGUUGUUUCCUUUGCCACCCUCAUUGAGCUUCAUGAAAUCCAGGGGGUUCUCUUUGUAUAGACACCAAGCUUGGAGCUAGAGACCUAGUCCAAAAACAAAGAAAAAGGUAAAAAGGAAUCCCAGGGAGAAUGGUGACCUUGAACCUCAGCUCAGCGGUGAAGGGAUGGCGUGUGUGUGUUUGGAAGGGGGUGGGGAAGGUGCAUUGCCACUCGUGUUUAUGGGUCUCCUGCAGUCAUUCUUGGGUGGCAGGCCUCCUGGGAGAGAGCACUUUGCAGGAGCUCCUUUUCCCUCUCAUGUGUUUUUAGGGUAAUUGAGGAGUGAUUCUAUGGUCUUCCUAA